GGCGAUAAAUAGAAGCGGCGCGAGCGCGAAAGCGCGGUAAGGUUCACCACGUCACGUCACGUCACGUCACGCCUCACCUCGUGCAGCCGUGCGAGCGUCGAACGGUCCACGUCGCGAUUCCGUCGACGACGUCGAGAAUCGUCCGUGCGAAGAUCGGCGUGCGUGCGCGCCGAUCACGAAUAUGUGAACGGGAGAUCGGUCAGUGCGUUCGCGGGAUCGCUAGAGAGAGAGAGCGACGACCCACGUAUUCCGCGUUGCUUCGCGGCGCGCGUAUUCCCGUUCCUCGGUCCUUUAACCUGCGCCACGACGAGGGAAGGUGUCCGGAGGAGCUGCCGAAGAUGUCAUUCGAGGGAAAAUACAACGCGAAGAGCCCAGCGGUGAAGAGGUUAAUGAGAGAGGCUCAAGAGCUACAUGAGGCCACCGAGGAGUAUUAUGCGUCUCCUCUUGAAGACAACCUGUUUGAAUGGCAUUUCACAGUGCAAGGACCACCGUCUACAGACUUUGAGGGUGGUGUUUAUCAUGGGAGAAUCCUGCUACCACCAGAGUAUCCCAUGAAACCACCAAACAUCAUCCUGUUGACGCCAAAUGGACGCUUUGAAAUAAACAAGAAGAUAUGCCUGAGUAUCUCUGGCCAUCAUCCUGAAACGUGGCAACCAUCGUGGAGUAUCAGAACGGCAUUGCUGGCUUUAAUAGCUUUCAUGCCUACUCCGGGAAGUGGUACAAUCGGAGCAUUGGAUUAUAGCACUGAAGAACGACAGAAGCUCGCUAAGAAAUCGCUGACCUGGCAGUGCGAUACGUGUGGUAAAGUUGUAAAUCUGUUGUCCAAGAACUCAGUUAAAAAACCCAUCACUGAGGAGGAGCAAACCAUGCUGAAAACGAUCGCUCUCAAAGCCGAUGACUCCCCUACAUCAGAGAUAUUAUUUACGGAUAAUACGAGAAGUGUAUCCGAGAGCGAGGUACGGCAUCGUAAUGUGGAAACAAUUCCGCCGGAAAAUAUAGAUCGUCAGCAACCUGAGAUUAUCCUAAAUCGCGUAGAAACAAUGUCCUCUUCGAAUGAUUUAUUUUGGAGUAUUCUUAUCGCUUCUUUAGUAUCCGCAAUUAUUCUGUUAAUCUUACGACGAUUAUUUCUUAUUUAAUUUAUUCGUCAUUUUUGUGAAAUAUAGUAAUAUGUCAUGAAGACAGUACAUUUUAUACACGUUUAUGGAUAUCCUUUUUAAGCUUACAGAAAAAGAAGUCUUAUACUGUCACAUGAAUAUUGCAAACCAUCCGAUUUUUUAGGAAAACGUGUGUUUUUAUGAAAACACAUGACGAAAGUAUAUACAUUAGUUUAUAUAGUACAUAUCCAUACUGUUCUUAUAAGAAUUUGUCUUGAAUAUCCCAGAUAUCUUAAUUUCAUUGAAAUGAGAAGAUCAAAAUAAAUAAAUUUUUUGUUCGAUUAUUUACAUGUACUAGUCGCUUGCUUUCGUUAAUGAAUAUAGUAUUGAAAAAAAUUAUCAUUUAUCCAACAUUUAUAUAUUUUAUUUAAUAGUAUGUUAAAUGAUAUUAGUAUUAAAUUGUAGAUUUUAAUAUUACUUACAAAUAAUAAAUUUUGUUUGUUUUGAUCAUUGUUGUUUUCAAAUAUUUUUUAGGUUUGUCCAAAUAUAUUGGAUUGAAAUAAAGUUCGUAGCUUUUUUUAGUAGGUGGCAUUUGAACACAUAAAUUCGUUUCACGUGUGAUUGAAACAUGAUUAUGUGACGCUACUUUUAUUCCAGUAAACAUUUAUUCCCAACGUAAUAAAUUUAAAACUAUAUCUAUAAAUUUAUAUAAUUAUAUUAUUUUUACCAAUAAAUUUGCAUUAUGUAAUAUAUAUAUAUUAUAUAUAGCCUAACAUGAUACUAUUUUGUAAUAAAUAUAAGCUAUACAAAUAUGUCUGUGUAACUCUAUAGCUUUCAUACACUUUUCAUAUGUGUAUAGUCACUGUAAUAAAAAUUUAAUGUACAAGAUAAUCUGUUAGAGGAGAAAAGGAUUUAGAGCAAGACUUUAUCUAAGUUCAUUCUUUUAUAUGUACAUAGAAAUAUAAUAAAGUAAUUAUUUAUUAAAGCA